CGGAGAGAAAGGACCGCUGCCGGGGAUGGGGCUUCCGCGGAGAGCGCCGAGAAGUGCGCACGCGCACUGACCCCGCGGGCCCUAGCAACCAGAGCAGUGACAGUAGCAACCGCCGGAAUGGCGAAAGCAACAACAAUCAAAGAAGCCUUAGCGAGAUUGGAAGAGAAAACUGGCCAGAGGCCAUCUGAAGCCAAAGAGAUAAAACUUUAUGCCCAGAUUCCCCCUAUAGAGAAGAUGGAUGCAUCCUUGUCCAUGCUUGCUAAUUGCGAGAAGCUUUCACUGUCUACAAACUGCAUUGAAAAAAUUGCCAACCUGAAUGGCUUAAAAAACUUGAGGAUAUUAUCUUUAGGAAGAAACAACAUAAAGAACUUAAAUGGACUGGAGGCAGUAGGGGACACGUUAGAAGAACUGUGGAUCUCCUACAAUUUUAUUGAGAAGUUGAAAGGGAUCCACGUAAUGAAGAAAUUGAAGAUUCUCUACAUGUCUAACAACCUGGUAAAAGACUGGGCUGAGUUUGUGAAGCUGGCAGAACUGCCAUGCCUGGAAGACCUGGUGUUUGUAGGCAAUCCCUUGGAAGAGAAACAUUCUGCUGAGAAUAACUGGAUUGAAGAAGCAACCAAGAGAGUGCCCAAACUGAAAAAGCUGGAUGGUACUCCAGUAAUUAAAGGGGAUGAGGAAGAAGAUAACUAAUGCCACGCUUUCCACUGUGUGUUAACUUAUUUAAAUGUCAUAAGAACAAUAGAUAAAUUUUAUAUAAUUGUCUAUUUUAAAGAUUCUGUAUGGGACAAAAGUUUCUUAAGAUAAAACAGAUCACUCAUUCUCAUCUUUUUUUUUUCCCUUAACUUAUUCAGUGUUUCUCCCCAAAACUGGUAAUGCCAACCUUAUAUAUCCUAUUCCUCUUUUUAGAAACCACAAAUUUUCAAUUUUUGUCUUCAGUCUCAGUUAUGUACUGUGUAGCCCCAUCUACUAAAACAAACCCUUGUAGACCAUUUUUAAUAACAAAGGAACAAAUGAUUUUUUAGUUUGUUCAUUUUUUUAGGUUAGACAUUUUAAAAGAUGUACAUUUGAAAAUUUAGAACAUUUUUCCUGAAGGUCUGUCUCUGUACAAUUCAGAAGCACAAAUAUAUCAUGCCUUUAGCUCAGAAGGCAGCAUGGUGAUGGGAAGAGUUCCUCUUAGAAAUACAGCAGGUCUGGAACCAAGACUCCAAAGUUCCAUUGGAAAAGAUAUGGUGAAAAAAGGAAAACUUAGUAUCUCAGAGACCUUCUAGUCUGUAUUAUACUUAUUUGUUUUUCCAAAAAUGUGUACAUUGUCAACUGGAAUUUAGGUUGUUUUUUUAUAUGCAUGGCCACUUGAGUCAUUGUGUACAGUCAGUCAUUCUGUGAUCUCAGUCAGUGGUUAAAAUGACUGUCAUGACCAUUUCUUUGACUGAUAAUGUGGCCAUGUUACUCAUGUGGACUUGGCCUUAAGCACACAUUUUGGUUUUAUAGUUCCUUAUGUGUUUAAAGCAUUAGUUAUAUUUGAAUUCCUAGACUAAAUGCUGGCCAUUGAUGUAUGUCAAAAUUUACCCUAAUGAUUUGGUCUGGUGACCCUCAUUGUUGGGAAAAGUGACUAUCAUGGUUAUAAGUAAGGGUAUAAUGAAACUUAGCAUUUCAAAAUAUAUUUUUUGAGAAGUUCUAAGUUAAACAGCUCUUAAAAUGUAUUAUGUACGUGGUUGUGGAGGGAAGGGAGAUGUUUCAGUAUGAGAUCCCAGGCAAAUGGCAAUAUGUUUGAGGAUUGUCUCCUACAUAAAGCAGUGUAGGUGAUUUAACCUCAAAAUUGCAAAGCAAUAGUUAGAUGCAGAGGUUAGAAUUUAUCAUGUAAACAAAAAAUCUUUCAGGAAAAUGUAAGACAUUGUAGUCAGUAAGCAGAUGAAGUCAUAGGAGGCCAUGGCUGAAUCACUAUUAGAUUGCAGAAAAGAAGUCAGGGGCCCUCUGCCAAAUUGUGCCUAAAGUCCCUCAGAGACUGUUGAUUCUGGUUUCCCCAUCUACUUGUGUGAUUUUACUUUCAUAAAAUCACAGUGAAAGAGGGAAGAAUCAUCUUUAAAAAGUGAUUGCAUAAGUAGUCCUGGGUUUCAGAAGAUUUCAGCUAUCAUUUAUAUAGGAAUUACUUGAUUUUUCUAAGUUACUCUGAUCAAAACGGACCACUGCUUUGACAAUCAACUCUAAAUACAAACUAGAGGCCAGGCACGGUGGCUCAUGCCUGUCAUCCCAGCACUUUGGGAGGCCGAGGCGGGCGGAUCAUCCGAGAUCAGGAGUUCAAGACCAGCCUGACCAGCAUGGUGAAACCCCAUCUCUACUAAAAAUCCAAAAUUAGCCGGGCAUGGUGGUAGGCGCCUGUAGUCCCAACUACUCAGGAGGCUGAGGCAGGAGAAUCAUUUGAACCCGGGAGGCAGAGGUUGCAGUGAGCCGAGAUUGCUCCACUGCACUCCAGCCUGGGCAACAGAGCGAGACUCCAUAUUUAAAAAAAAAAAAAAGGAGGAAAACUUGGUCUAACAUCCUUUUAGUUUUCUUUUCUCUCUUCUUUUCAAUCUGAUAGGAAGAAACCUUAUUCUACUCUAGCUGGUUUAUGCAUUCAAAGCCUUUGGACAUUUCUUUUAUGAACCAUAGGCAAUGAGCCUUCAUUCUCCUUGGUGAUGUUUAAGUUCCACAAACUGAGAGGGAAGAUGAUCUUCUUAAAGUCUGCACUUCCUCCAGUAGGCAAGCUUGAAGCCAUGUUGAUAUGGAUAUGUUUUCUAAAAGUAACCCUGGAAGUGAAUAUAAUAGGAAGUGAAUGAUUUCAUAUUGAAUUUAUUUGUAAAAUGGUUGAGUUUUGGUGUUUGUUUUUUCUGAAUUCUGUAAUAUAGAAACUGGUUCUCUUUC